UCAUCAAUCACCACACCACUCUUAUCAAUAUGUCUACAUAUAGCCUCUAGAAUUUCAUAAGUACCUAACUUAACUAACCCUAUAAAUACCCAUGCAAGCCCACAAAGGGGAGCCAACCGCCUCAAAGAGAGUGGGAGGGAGAAGGUAUACAAGGGGGCAAAAACAAAAUGGGGAGAAGCAAGAAGGUGAUGGUGUUUAGCUUUGUGGUGGGUUUGUUGGUGGUGGGAUCCAUGGGAACCAUGGAGGACGACGAGAAGGAUUGCGCGGACCAGCUCACAAACCUUGCUGCUUGCAUUCCGUUUGUGAGUGGCACUGCAAAGAAGCCGACGCAGCAGUGCUGCCAAGACACCCAGAAAGUGAAGAGCAGCAAGCCUAAGUGCCUGUGCGUUCUCAUCAAAGAGAGCACUGAUCCCUCUCUGGGCCUCCCUGUCAACACCACUUUGGCACUUCAAAUGCCUUCCGCCUGCAACAUCGAUGCCAAAGUCUCUGAUUGCCCAACUUUACUGAGCCUUCCACCAGAUUCAGCAGACGCGAAGAUCUUUAAAGAAGCAGAUUCAAGUGCAGAGUCCUCCACAGAUUCUCCACCAGCUUCAACUUCAACUUCAUCUUCCUCCUCCUCCUCCUCUGGGUCCAGCUCAAGUGCGGACUCAAAGGCAACUCCAACGAGCAAUGGUGGAGGAAAGUUGAAGUCGUUUGGGAGUGGAAGCUUGCUGAUGAUAAUGGCUUCAAUUGCAUGGAUGUUCAUCUCAACUGCCAAUUGAUCCUUCAUGGCUCACCUGAGGAGGCAAAGUUAGGAGUUUGGAGAGGGAACACUAGUAGUAGGUAAUUGAUUUGGGGUUUUCCAGUUUGUUCCCUUUCUACUUUCAUAAGAUAAUAAAAUAAGAACAGUUGAUCAGUUGAUCUGUCC